AUGUCACUUUUUUGUGAGCCAUUUCGGUAUGAGAUAUGCCGAUUUGCUAAUGUUUAUUCAGAUUCUUAUGGUGGUGCAAUUUAUUGCGAGAACUCCAAUCUUUAUGUCGACAAAAGUGUUGCAGACACAUGCUACUCUACAUGCGAGAACAGUGGUUACAAUAAUUUGAAUAAGCAAGAUAUCAACAAAGGCCAGUUUAUUCAUGCAGAGAAAGGUGGCCGAUGCAUUUUAAAUCGAACCACCAUUACGAACUGUGCUCCCAAUGACAAAUUAGGAUAUUUUCCACAACGACCUUUACAUUUCCAAGUUGUUCAUUCUUUGAAACUUAAUACUAUCAAUCUUUCAGGCAACCAUUUGACAUGGGGCUCAGGCUUUGCCUUAGAGGGCACACUCGAGAGUGCACGAUACAUCAAUAUUGACUCAUCCAGUUCAAACAUGGUUGCAAUUGAACUUGUCAACGCCCCACAAACGACACUUGAAUACGUAUAUCUCUCUAACAUUGACCAACAAUGUUCAGCUAACGCAUGCAAUUUAGGCUUACUUUAUUUCACUAAUUCUCAAGCCAGAUUUAAUAACGUAUUUAUUACCAAUCUUCCUCAAAACUAUCUAAUCUACAAGCCAAACGAUCAAUCCUCAUCAUGCACAUUUAAUAACUACAAACUCUAUGAAGGUGCUAAGAUAGAUGGAAUUACACUUGAAACAGAGGCAGCAAGUAUUGAACAAAAUUCAAGAAAUUACAUCACUGAAGAAGAAAGACUCCGCUUACUCGGAUUACUAGAACCAUCUACCUCCACAUCCACAUCUACAUCCUCAGAAGAAACCACUUCAUCUUCAACAACAACAUCCUCUGAAGAAAUCACAUCAUCAUCAACAACAACAUCCUCUGAAGAAACAACUUCAUCAUCAACAACAACAUCAUCUGAAGAAACUUCAUCAUCUUCAACAACCUCUUCCGAAGAAACAACUUCAUCAUCUUCAACAACCUCUUCCGAAGAAACAACUUCAUCAUCUUCAACAUCUUCUGAAAUAAAUCCAGAUCCAAAUAUUCCAACACCUUUACCUGAAAAACCAUCCGAGCAAACACCAUCACAAACGCAAAUUGCUACCAAAGGACCAGAUUCAAAUACAGAUCCAAAGAAUAAUCAGAACGAGAAAAUAUCUGGUCUUCCAAAGAACACAUUUAUUGCAGUAAUUGUUUCUGUAAUCGUUGCGGUUAUUAUCAUAAUCGCUAUAGUAGUUUUCCUUAUAGUCCGAAGAGCUAAGAAUAAACCGCAUGAUGUCACUAGCAGCGAUUCUCCAUCUCUCGAAGAUGAAGAUUUCAAUGCACCUACACCUGAAGCGGAAAUCGACGGACUUGUAAUUAAUUUGUAA